AUGAAAGCAUUAGGAUGGUGGCUGAUGUUAGUGGGCUUCCUUCGAUUAGCAUCGGUUUGGUUUGGUUUCUUCGACAUUUGGGCUCUUAGGCUGGCUGUCUUCUCCGAUACCACCAUGACUGAAGUCCACGGAAGAACAUUUGGAGUUUGGACACUUUUGACUUGCACUCUUUGCUUUCUUUGUGCAUUCAACCUGGAUAACAAGCCACUUUAUUUGGCCACCUUUCUAUCGUUCAUCUAUGCCUUAGGGCAUUUCUUGACUGAAUACCUCAUAUAUCAGACGAUGGCCAUUGCAAAUUUGACUACUGUGGGCAUCUUUGCAGGUACAUCAAUAGUGUGGAUGCUAAUUCAGUGGAAUGUGCAUCAAAAGAGCCAUCCGAAGCAUUUAUGA